AUGCUGUGCUACAUUACAGCAUCUGCCAGGGCAACUCAGGUCUUGGGCGAUCUGGUCCGCAACCACAUCUGCGGUCGGAGCUUCACGACGUGCUUCUACCUCCAGGAGAAUUAUGGCUCGCACGACGAGCGUCCUUGGGAUAUUCCUAUCGAGCUGGAUGCCAUCGACGCCAUGCACCAGCGCGGCCCCCUGAAUACAUCCGGCCCGAUCGGAAAUGCCUGGGGCCUUUGGGAUAUUGGGGAUCAGCUUGGUAUGCUGAACCGGCUCAAUGAAUCGACAACCGUUGCAGCCCUGCAAGAGGUCCAGCAUGGAAUUCGCGUGUGUACCGACUGGACAUUAGACAACCCCCUGGUGCCACCAUUCGGGAGAAAACCUUUUGAGCACGACUUUGUGACGAAGUUCUUCCAGACAGGCCGCAGCAGCAUCGACGACACCAUCAACAUCAACACACAGAGCUCAAGCAAAUGGGACGGCUUCAGACAUUUCGGAUACCAAGGCACCGCCCAAUACUUCAACGGCGUCACGAAUCAGCAGAUCCUCAAUGGCACAGACAACAUACUGGGAUUGCACCAUUGGGUCAAUAGUGGCGGUAUCGUGGGUCGAGGCGUUCUGCUCGAUUAUGCCGAGUACAUGGCCGCCCAUGGUAUCGUGUACGACGUCUUCAACAACACCGAGAUCCUCGCCAGCGACCUCGACGCCGUCCUCGCCUUUCAAAACACCACCACGCGGCCCGGCGAUAUCCUCUUUGUCCGCUCGAACCUGACCACGCGGUUCAAGGAACUGUCGCAGGAGGCGCAGAACGCGUACUCUGGCGCCAACCCGCUGCCAGGCAUGGGUGUAAAGUCCGAAGAGGCCACGCUACGGUGGAUCUGGGAUAGGGAGCCGGCCGCCGUGGCUAGCGAUAUGAUUUCGUUUGAGAUCACGCCCAUGGUCGCCACGCCAUUUUUGCUUGAUGAAUGGUUACUUGCUGGGUGGGGGAUGCCGAUCGGGGAGCUGUUCGACUUGCAGAAGUUGGGAGACACUGCGAAGCAGUUGAACAAGUACAACUUAUUCUUUAGUAGUGUACCGCUGAAUGUGCCAGGAGGCGUGGCCAGUCCGCCUAACGGUGUUGGAAUAUUCUAA